UUUUUUCAUAUAUCAUGCUUCGAGUCAUGUGUUUACGUUGCGACCUUCAUUCUUGUUAUGUGCAUUAUUUCGAGAAACAGCUGAAAGCUCAGAAGAAUGGAUAUCUACAUUUUCGCUCUUUUUUAUUUUAUUCAUAGUUAUGUUUAUGUUUAAACAACAGUUUAGAAAAUACAGACACUCGCUGGAUUUUUUAUUUCGUCAUUAGGAACUGCCCCUUUGCAACUUCACUCCUCAUAUUUCAGUAAUUUUAUUACGUUCUAAACCGUCUAUUUAAAUUCGCUUUCUAAAGUACUUUGGAUGCCUACUGACAAGAGUAUUUCGGAAUAUUAUACGUCUGUCGGCUAUAAAUUAACUCCUGAAAUCGCUCCAGGCAAUUGGGAAAAUUCGUCGACUUCGAGUAAUCAAGUUUUCACGAAUGAUUCUGGAUCAACGCUUAAUGGUUUUGACCCUGGCAGUAGAUUUUAUAACGUAGAUACGUCUUGGAAAAGAAAACCAACUGCAACUAAUGAAGUGCUGUUUGGGAUGUUCGAUGAAACCAGUAGCAAUUCGUUUUCAUCUCCCUCCUCAGACCCUAUGAGUUCCAGCGUGAUUGAAGGUGGGUGCUGUGAAGAACAUCUUUCUCUCACAAGAGAAAUGGCUGUAAGGCUUUUAAAAGAAUACGUCAAAAACCUGAAGAACUUUUCCUCUAUGAUGAGAGAGAAACAAUCAACAACCUUAAGAGAUAUUUCGACCUCACCAAUACAUUCUCCUGUGUUAGAAAAUCAUGAUAAACAAGGCUUCCCAAGAAAACGAGAGACUCCGAAUUCUGAUAACACAGUCAGUCGUCAGAGGCCUUCUUCUAUAUUGGGAUUAAGUGACAUGCAUCGGAAGUCAUAUGACCUCGUUCAAAGUGAUCGACCCCAAACUCCACCAAGUUUCCUCAGUUCUUUCGAUCAUAUUAUCGAUGUUCCAGUUACUUCAAUGAAGAAGCACCUUUUCCCAGGACCAAGCAUCUCUAAGGUCACAAACCAGUCAAUUAAACCAAACGAAUCUUUAGAAAAAUCUCAUCCCGCUAAUGUUGAUAAACAAAAUUGGUUUAACAGGAAUAGUUUAGAUUCAGAUGACUCUGGUCAACAGACACCAGUAAAUUUCGAGCCCACUUUGCAGACUGCUGUAUUAAAAUCUGAAAAAUAUUAUCAGCUUGAGAAAGAUCCUGGUCACUCAGUACCUAUACUUUCAAUCACCAAUGCAUUCGAAAGCAGCCAGCCUUCGAAGAAUUAUAAAAAGGAGACACAAAAACACUUGGAUAAAAUCGCCAUGCUGCCACCACAACCUGAUAUUCUGAGAUUUGAAAGACCUCAUAAACCUAAUGUUAUAAACGCUGAUGAAAAACUAAAUGGAGAGGGUAUUGUAACAGAAAGGCAAUCUGAGAUAAAUCCUAGUUCACCUAACCAAAUAUUCCACAUGCAAAUAUCUUCUGAUGUUUCAAAAAUGGAAAGACUGAGAAUCAAAUCACCAAGUCCAUCUUACUCCAGUUCAUUUGGAUCGUCCGAAAAUUCAUUUGGAUCACUUCCUCCGAAACCUGAAUAUCAUUCUAGUCCUACACCGCAAGCAAAGCCAUGUCAUUCAUACGCACUAAGGUCAAGUUCUGUACAAAGAGUAAUACCGACUUCUACUAAAGAAACCCUGUGGGUCAGAAAUUCAUACAAUACAUCAUCCUUAAAUUCACACAGAAGUUUGGUUAAAAGUUCUUCAAGUAUACCAUUAAGUGGAACUCCAAGUUAUUCCGACUCCAUCUUACCUAAGAUAAAUCCGCCAUUGUCGCAAAACAUAUCCACUUCUAACUCUACUGUUUACUUGGAAUCUGAAACCAACCAACCUCAAAAACAUAUAUUCAACAAAUCUGGCUUCGACAAUUCCAGAUUCAACAACAAGGCUAAAACUGGUCAUGUAACAGAAGCAAAUAAACCACCUCCUUGGUCUGUUAACUCAAGAUUCUCAACAAAUAAUUCUUCAAAAGAUGAUCAAAACAGCUUCCAAAACUAUGCUAAUCAUCCGCCGAUCAAAACGUAUACAGAAUCUGGAGUGCAAUCUGUUCCAACAUCUAAUGGAUAUACUUUUGCAAACAAAAAUAACAAAACUGAGCUUAUUAGAAAGACAGAUGAUACACCUACCCUGGUACGGGGAACCAGAGCACGCAUCGCGGUUGAAGAUUCGGCAUUGUCACCAGAAAAACUGCCUAAAAAAUACGGAUUCUGGUCCGGUUCAGAUCAACUUCCACCUACUGUGUCACAAAAAGUGAAUGCUUUUACAAAGCCACAGGACUACACUUCUCAAUAUAAAAGCAAUUUAUUUUACCAAAGAAAAUUUGAUAAAACAACACAAACAGAUGAUUUUGUUGACGAUGAUGCUGAUGAUGCUGAUGUUGAUGCUGAUUCAUGGAUAACUGGAAGCUUGGAUUCUUCAAAUAAUCAGGAUGUCGAAAUCCCAUGUGAAGCAGAAAUCCCAAAACCAGUAAAUGAACCAAAUCUGCAAACUUGGACUCUUUCUUUACAAAGUAUUGUCAGACCAACCGAGUCCGAAAUCAUUCUACCUAAAACAAACGAAAUUAAUUCUAUGGAACAUGUGAAUGUACACAUUGAAAAAACAAAAUCAAGUGAAAGCAAACUACAAUCUAAUUUAGAUUAUCAUAAAGAAUUAUGGCGUCGUCAUUCUUUACGUGUUAUUCCUUCAGAAUUUGAUACUCAUCAAACAAUGCAAAGAAAUGUCGAUCAUUUCAAUGACCAACCAAACUCAAGACAUUCAUUAUCGCGUAAACCAAAAAAUACCUCAAGAUUUAGUAUUGGGAGUUCAGGUGAACUUGAUACUCCAAAAUGUCGUAGUGUGCACUUUUCGAAUGAUGUUUUAGUGGCUCACACUGGUUCAGGACCAGAACCUUUACUAUUAUCUUCUGCUCCUCUAAAAGAAUCAGUUUCAGAUGAUGAAGAAGGACAAAAUGGAUAUUUCACUGAGAAAAAAUCAAAUUACUUUACUAAACUUUCAGUUGACUGUGGUCAGAAUAUAACAAAUUUUUCAAAACCUCCUAAAUCACGAACAAAUAUGAGCAGACCUUCAGCUCCACUGCCUUUUCGUCGACAAUUUGUUCUUAACACUUCCGAUAAUGUCGAUUUUUAAGUGAUAAACACAUACGAUAAAAAUAAGAUGGUGAUAUAUUUUCAAUGAUUUUGUCACUGAAGAUUUAUUGAAUCCUAUUAUUUAAACAACAUUUAUUCAUGUUUAAAAAACUAUCAGUGGAAAACGACGAAUCUGUUUACUACCCAUGAAGUAUUCACUUUUGUUUAUCUCAUUUAAACAAUCUUAAGUAACUCACUUUCUUACUUUUUAUUGCAUGAAAUAAUGCUAAUAAUUCUACAACUCUGUUACUCAUUAACCGACUGUUUUGCAUUUCAAGCUAAACGUACUGAUCGUUCGCUUUUUUGGAUUACUCAGAAUGAUUUAUAAAUUCUGAAUUUCAUCCUAACCUUCAUUUGUUUUGACUUUCUUGUCUCAUUAUACACUAGAAGCAUUUGUCUGUAUUUACAAAAUUGUUUAUUUAAACUAAUACACUGUUUAGUAGUCUAGGCAGCCAGAUAAGUUUUACAUAUUGUCAGACAAUCUGACAACUCGACAAAUGUAAACCUGUUCAAUUGUUCUAGAUAAAUAUUAUCAUGUUACAUAAAGAGGUAUAUUAUAAAAUUCUUAAGAUAAAGCAUUUAUUAUAUAAAGAAGCCACGUGAAUUAUUAGUUGGUAGGCAUUAUAUAAAUUUGCUUUACACAAUGACAGUAUUUAUUUUUUAUGGUUUCACAAUUUCUUCUCCAUUCAUUUGCUUUUCUUUCACAGUUAACUUUGAAUAUGAUUCAUAUUCAAUUUAUUUAAUUUCAUUUGAUUGAUCGAUAUUCAUAUUUGUCGUUAUACUAUAUUCAUGUUGAAAUGUUUGUCUAUGGUUUUUUUCAGAUCUAAAAAAAACCAUUAUUUACACACAAAUAUUGAAUUUAUGUAUCAUUAUUAUUGGAGAAACAAGAAAAAAAAACUUAAAUUAAUGAUAAUAAUUUUAUUUGAAUACUGUUUGUUAUUUUUAUUCAUGAG